GAUGGUGAUGCUGUUGCAGGUGUUUCGCUGGAUUCCCAUUUGCAUAAUUCUUGUUGAAGUACAAGAAUGGCACCGGGCACUAGCGCUGCGAUUGACAAACAUGAACGUUCCGGAAGUGGUCGACUAUCGUGAUACGGUAACACUAUCCUGUAGCUAUGAUCUGGGUACUCACCAAUUAAACUCCGUUAAAUGGUACAAAGGCAAUAAGGAGUUUUACAGGUAUGCGCCAAUGUUGUUUCCAAAAGUGACAACCUACCCGGUAGAAGGCAUCGUCGUCGCAAACGACCGGCCUACUAUCUGCAAUCAGUAUCUAUGCUCGAUCCGGCUGACCGAGCUGCAGCGUCGCACGAGCGGCGAGUAUCGGUGCGAAAUAUCGGGUGACGCACCCGAGUUCAAGCUCGCAAACGGGACGCGCAACAUGACGGUUGAGGUGCUGCCCCAGGACGAUCCCACCAUUAGCGGACUCAGUGCCAGCUACCUGCCAAACGAGCACAUCGCCGCAAACUGUACCUCGGAUCGUUCAACACUCGCCACCCGUCUGCUGUGGUUCAUCAAUGGACGCACAGUUCCGAUGGAGUACCUACAGCAGCAGCAGGAAACCACGCUCGAAAGCGAUGGGUUUUACCUGCGUUACCGCACGCUGGAAAUGCGUGUGCCAGUGGACAGGCUGGUGCAACGUGAGCUAGACAACGUUAUCUAUAUCAAGUGCAUGGCCUCGGUCGAUGCUGCACCGUCGAUUGGCCGUGAGGCAAAUGCGGUGGUCGGGUUGCGCAGCCAUCGUUCGUCGUUGUUUGGGUUCGGAGGCCAUAGUCGAGCAACUGGCAGAAGCAAUAUCAUCCCGGGACUUGAUCUUAAAGUCAAUCUGGCAGCUGAUAAAGAAGGCAACAACAGUAACUAA